UGGGGUGUGAGCUCGUCCACAUAUCCAGGCAAUAAAAAAUAAAAACACAUGGAUACCAAGUUUCAAGUCAAUCGGAUGCAUGGUUCAGUAGUUAUAACGAAACAUCCGUAAAAACCACUGUAGAUUUAUAUAUUAGUAUACCUAGUCAGGUCAUAAAUUCUGUUACAUGUUUAAUGUAAAAUAAUUGAAACAAGUUUAUUCAUUAUGUAACCAUUCAUAUACCAAAAUGAACUUAACAAAACAUAGAUUCUUAUGACACUAAAGUUUAUUCAAAAUGACCUCCGUGAUUUUGAAUACAGGCCUUUAAUCUGCGCGGCCAGUCGUCUAUCGCAGCACGAACGAGGUCCAUGUCAAUAUCGGCGGCUGCCUUAAUCAAGGAUGUCUUGAGUGACUCCAAAUUGGGAUGAGGCUUUGAGCACGCCUUUUCCUCCAAGUGUUGCCAUAUCUUGUAAUCUAACGGAUUCAAAUCUGAACUGGAGGAGGGCCAGUCUUCGUGCCGGAUGAAGUCAAUUUCACGCGCCGCCAGCCAGUCUUUUGUGCCCUUCGCUCUAUGAGCUGGCGCCGAAUCUUGUUGGAAUACCCAGUGCCUGUUAUUCAACAUGGUAUGAGAAACAGGUUCCACAAGGUUCGUCAGGACUGUAUUUUGAUACACAACUGCAUUCGUUUUUACACCUUUCUCACAAAAAUGUACCUCUGUUAAGCCCCAAUAAGAAACUCCCAACCAUACCAUGAGCGAGGAUGGUAAAUGACCUCGUUGUACACGCGGAAUACGGUCGCUCGCUUCUUCACUACUGUGUGCGUACACCUUAUCAUUUUGUUUGUUGUAGCUUUCUUCUACGGUAAAAAUUUUUUCAUCCGAAAAAAGAAUUUCCCGAUAUUUUUUUCCCGCGUACCGCUUCAACAAAGCGCGGGAUCUCUUCAGUCUCAGGUCCAUUAGACGAGCAUUCAAACGAUGUCCUGUUUUUCUUCGAUAUGCCCGAAGCCCUAAGUCUUCAUUUAACACCCUUUUCACCGUGGUUUUGUUUAACCCCAUCUGAAGGGCCAACAGUUUCUGCUUACGUUUAGGAUUUCUUUGAAUUCGCGCCUUCACAGCUUUUAUCACUGCUGGAGUCCUAACAGACCGAGGGCGACCACUUCUUGACCUGCCAUCUACACUAGAGUCUUCAUUGUAUCGUUUGAUGGUACGAUAAACGAAUCUUUUGGUUAUAUUCAAAUUUUUCAGUAUGUUAAAAAUUUGAAUUGGCGCGUAACCGCAACGAUGCAACGCAAUAACUGCAACACGGUCUUCUUUAAGCGUCCACUUCAUAUUUAAAAAUGAGUAAAAUUCUAAAAGUAUACAUUUUUAUUUUCAUGAACAAUUCGAAAUUCGAAUUCAAUCAUCGCCCAAGAUACGUUAAGCGUACUGAUUAGCUCUGUAAUUCUUUUUUAAAUAAAUGGUAAAACUGGUGUUUAUUGUGGCUAAGUUGCGUUAAUAGUGUGAAACGUUAUUAAUAUAGUGUUUGUGACUGUUUACAACAAGGAUAUUCAUCGUGAAACUUACAUACGAACCUAAAGUUCUGUUUAGUUUCAAUACUACAAAGUUUUGGUACCCACACCAAGAAAAAAACAAAAGCAUACUUAUAUUUCUUAUAUAUUCAGUUCAAAAUAUUAAAUCACACAAGUUAUUAAUUACAAUACAAUUUUUCCCUGCUGUCCAUCUGUAAACCACAAGACAAUGGCAAAGUGUGGAGCAUGUGUCAACCGCGGACUGUGCGCGUUGUAGUAAAUGCAGUGACAUCUUCCAUAAAGGAUGCGUGUCAAUCCCAUCUACGGGCGCUGCGCCUCGGGGCUGGAUCUGCCCUAGUUGCUCAGCGAAAGUACCUCGUGGGGAUAAUACGGCAACUCCUGUACGAGGGUUGACAGCUGUCGGGGUGCAUCACACUUCGAGCGAGGGAGAUGUUGAUGCAGAUACGAUGAAUCGGUCGCUGGAGUCUCGUGUCGACCUUGGCUUAGAAAUCCGAUCUUUUAAGGAUGAGCUGGUGGGCCUAAGAACUGACUUGAGAGAGUGCCGAAAUGAUAUCGCUGAGUUUAAGGAGCUCCUCAAGUCUUGUCAUGGACGCAUCGACGCGGUGGAAGCCCGAGUGCUUGGUCUUGAGGCUCGUCGUCGUCGCCACGGUGGCUGAACUUCGCAUUCAGCUGCGUGAACGCGAUCAGGACUUGCUCAGGAAUGAUAUUGGCAUCAUUGGUUUGCCGGAAGUUCGUGAAGAAAGCACUUGUCAUUUAGUCCAGGUUGUGGCGGUAAAACUGGGAGUGAAACUUGACAUGCGCGACAUAGUUCACGCGGAGCGGAUUGGUGCAGUAAGACGCAAUUUCAUUGAGGGCAACGACAAUCGUCCUCGUAUACUAUCAGUACGACUGGCCCGUCGCUCGGUUCGCGAUGCACUAUUGAAGGGAGCCCGCGUGCGCCGUAACCUCUCCACUACUGAUUUAGAUGUACCUGGCCCCGUCCGUAAUGUAUAUUUAAAUGAACGUUUGUCCGCAUAUAACCGCAAGCUGUUUGGUACUACCCGUCAAAAGGGAAAGGAUAAAGGUUGGAAGUAUGUCUGGACCAAGGACGGACGAAUUUAUAUUCGUCGUGGUGAUGGUACUCCUGCGCUCAGAAUCAGAGUUCAGGCCGACGUGGAGAAGCAUUUUGGCCCGGAUACAGUUUGAUAAAAAUUAUUAUGUAGAACAAAAAAAAUAAAUGAAUUUCUAAGCCACUUCAGUCUCUCGCAAAUAGUAAGGACUGCAACACACUUUAUGAGUGGUAGUAGUACUUUGUUGGAUGUUAUUUGUACUGACAUUGGCGUUAAUGAUGUCGGGGUUGAUUAUAUUCCCGAGCUUGGCCACCAUGCUUUUGUCACAUGUGAGACUUUGAUCCGAAAGGAAAGACCAAUGUCUAGAAUGAUAACUUCCCGUCAAUUUAAAAA